AAAAAGCUUGUCGUUAAGAAAAAGUCCGUAGUGGAACCAGGGGUUAACCUUCCAGUUGCUGUUGAGAAAGAUCGUGUUGAUGAGGCAGUCUCUGUUAAAAAGAAAAAGUUUGUCGUUAAGAAAAAGUCCAUCGUUGAGAAAGACGUGGAGCAUGAGGUUAACCUUCCAGUAGCUCUUGAAAAAGAUCGUGUUGAUGAGGCAGUCUCUGUUAAAAAGAAAAAGUUUGUCAUUAAGAAAAAGUCCGUCUAUGAGAAAGACGUGGAACUUGAGGUUAACCAUCCAGUUACUGCUACGAAAGAUCCUCUUGAUAAGGAAGCUCCUGUUAAAAAGAAGAAAUCUGUCGUUAAAGUUAACCUUCCGGUUAAAGCCAGCAAAAGAACUGUCCAGAGACCGCAAAGGGAAGCAGCGAAACGCAAGAGUUACGCAAUUGACGAAUCAUCUUCUGACGUUGAUGAUUAUGUUAAGCACAAUGAUAAUAAUCAUAUCAAUGAUGAUGAUGUAGUUCGGGAGAAUGGAUUAGUCAGAUUCGGCAAGUAUCAAACUUCAAUUACUGCUGAAGCGUUCGAAACUAUAAAAUGGAGCAGUUACGUUUUUGCGACGCGCCAAUUGCUCCGGAUUAUAUUCACCAGAGAUAUGUUAGCUACGCACAGUUUAACGGGAAGACGUACUUUCAUCAAUGAUAAAUUGAUGAAGGAGCCGAGACCGCAGCUGGACUUCAGGAAGGUCGAGGAUCUGAUUUCGAUCGUCUCGAAGAGAUGCGGCGUGAAAGAGGUGUUCGCGAUUCGACGCAUCAUCAGGAACAAAUGUUUGGUUGAAUUGAGACAGGCGAGGAAAUUAAAAAACGGACAAAGUCAAGUUAUAAACAACAUCUGA